AUGCAUCGAAUGAUGAAAGAAGAAUCAAGUUUCAGGACAAGCAGCCUGGAAAAUGUGACGCGGGACCCAGGCAAAGAAAAGCUGCACAUGAAGCUCUGCAGUGGGUCCUGCCAUGCUGAGCAAAUCCUCCAGACACUGAACUCCUACCGGCAGAGCGGCAUCUUCACAGACGUGGUGCUAUUAAUUGAUGGACAAGAAUUCCCCUGUCACCGUGCCACUUUGUCAGCCAACAGCACGUAUUUCCGGGCCAUGUUUGGUGGCAAUCUCAAGGAAGGCCACCAGGAUAUCAUUAACAUCCAGAAGAUAUCUGCUUCCACUAUGUCUCUCCUUCUUGAUUAUAUGUAUGGGGGGAACAUCAUCAUUCAGGAGGACAACGUUGAAGGCAUCUUGGAACUGUCUGACUUGCUGCAGAUCUCCAAGCUCAGAGAUGCUUGUGUCACCUUCCUUGAAGGCCAGCUUCACCCAUGCAAUUGCUUGGGCAUCAUGAAGUUUGCUGAUUCAUUCUCCAUUGCGUCUCUGACAGAAAAGAGCAAGAGGUUCAUGCUGGAGUGUUUUGUGGAGGUGUCGUGUCAUGAAGAGUUCCUGGAGAUGGGUGUGAAGGAGCUGGUUGAAUAUCUGUCCGAUGAGCAGCUGGUGGUCCCCAAGGAAGAAGUGGUCUUCGAAGCAGUCAUGCGCUGGGUACGGCAUGACGUACCUGCCAGGAAGGGAGCCUUGAAGGACCUCCUUGAGCAUGUGCGUCUGCCCCUGCUCGACCCCACCUACUUUCUGGAGAAGGUGGAAAUGGAUGAACUCAUCCAGGACUCGAAGGAGUGCAUUCCUCUACUGCAUGAGGCCCGCAAGUACUACAUCCUCGGGAACGAGGUCAGCUCUUUGCGAUCGAGGCCCAGAAGGUUCAUGGAGCUGGCAGAAGUCAUCAUCAUCAUUGGGGGCUGUGAUAAGAAAGGCCUUCUCAAGCUGCCCUUCACAGACCUCUACCACCCCAAGAGCAGGCAGUGGACAGCCCUCUCCAGCGUGCCUGGCUACACCAAGUCAGAGUUUGCUGCCUGCACACUGAAGAACGAUGUGUACAUAUCAGGAGGACACAUCAGCAGCAAUGAUGUUUGGGUGCUGAGCUCCCAGCUGAAUGUCUGGAUCAAGGUCGCUUGUCUGCAGAAAGGCCGAUGGAGGCACAAAAUGGCAACACUUCAGGGCAAGAUCUACGCUGUGGGAGGCUUUGAUGGUUUUUACCGCCUCUCCAGCGUGGAGUGCUAUGACACCUUCUCCAACAGCUGGUCAACCUUGGCCCCGCUGCCUCAAGCCGUGAGCUCGGCGGCUGUGGUCUCCUGCCUGAACAAGCUCUACGUGCUGGGCGGUGCUGUGGACGACACUGCUAACACUGACAAGGUCCAGUGUUACGAUCCGGAGGACAACAAAUGGACGCUCUUGUCUCCCACCCCUUUUUACCAGAGGUGCAUCAGUGCUGUCUGCUUGGACAACAUCAUUUAUGUUGUAGGUGGACUCCUCAGUAAAAUCUUCAGCUACGAUCCAAAGAAAGACAGCUGGCGGGAAGUGGCCACCCUCCCUGGGCCUCUGGAGAGCUGUGGCCUGACAGUGUGCGGAGGGAAGAUUUACAUCCUGGGUGGCCGAGAUGAGAAUGGGGAAGGCACGGACAAAGCGUUCACUUUCGACCCGGCGACGGGGAGUGUGGAGCAGCAGCCGCCGCUGCAGCGCUGUACCAGUUAUCACGGCUGCGUGACCAUCCUGCAGCGCAUGAACAGAUGA